GAUGUGUUAGCUCAGACUUCAACACCUGGACCUCAGACACAGCCAACUGAAUUUCAUUCGAGAGGCCCUCUCCAGCCACCAUCAAUUGCACAACUUCUAAAAUAUAACAUGUAUCAGUCAGCUGAAUACCGCUUGAGGCAGGUCAUUUUGUGGCAGUAUGACAAAAUGGUCCGCCCAGUAUUAAAACCAUCUGAUGUGAUCAAUGUCACCUUUCAAGUGGACUUCAAGGCACUGAGCGGAGUGGUAAUUUCUGAACGUAACUUUGAUGCAUUUUUCAAGCCUAGCAUGUUAACACUCACAGUUGCAAAUCACAAUGCAGUGAAAUACAAUACAAAUUGUAAAAGGUUUUCGGAUGAAACAGACAAACGCUGGAAAUUCAGAUUUCACAUAGCAUCAAAACACUAAAAAAUAUGGUGGUUCAAAAUAGCGUUCUUAAGGUAUUGCACGUAUAUAUGCUAACUAACUAAGGACUUACAUAAGCGGAUAGUUUAGCCAGAUGGACGGUUCCAGCCGCGAUUUUCGCUUUCUUUAUUUCUCCACCGAACUCUUAUCCGCAGUCUGAAAGCCUGAAACUACUGAUUCUGAAGUGGAAUCCUCAGAUAUUCGAUCUAUACAUGUACAUACGAAAAUAGCAACUUUGGUUUGUUUUUCCAGGACAACAAAGACCAAAUUAUUACAACAGACACUGAGAUAACCCAGGUAAAUCAGUAUAAAAUUAGUUGGGUUUUAUUUGUUACACUGAUUUGUGCAAGUUUGGCUUAAUAUAUACAGUAGUGUAGGAUGGGACGUAAGGCCGCAAUCAAACGUCAUCAAUCUACCCUGUCUUGAGCUUUGGCCUACUCUUCAUUCCAUGUUAGACCCAACUCUUCUAGCUCUAUCAUCACUGUUCUUCGCCAGGUGGCUUUUGGCAAGCCUCUUUUCGACCUCCCAUUUUACAACUACCCACUUAGGGACACUAAAAGACCUUGAAAAGAGUUCCACUGAUUUACGACGACUAGUUCAGUAAAAUUAUUUGUUCCCUCAGUGUAAGGUAUUGUCUAAUGUCUCAGGGAUAUCUAUAGUCAGGUAAUUUACUUUAUUGCGUUGCCGAGGUUAUCUUGUUUAAUUUAAGCGUCCCUUGUUUUUUUUUACAGUGCUGAUAAUAAGAUUCUUCAAGCAGGUCACGUGGAGAAAUUCCACACCUAUGUACUGGUGCGAAGUAAUGGCCUGAAUACGUGGAUUUCUCCAUCGACCUUUAAAAGCUCGUGUCAACUCAAUGUGAAGUUUUUUCCAUUUGACAAACAGCAAUGCAAUAUGAAAUUUCGCUCCCUGGCAGCUGAUCGCUCUCUUAUGGACAUUAUCUCAACAACUACAGAAAGCGAGGAUCCAGAAAAAGGCAUCAUGUUAUUGGUCAUGGUGCAGAAUUCUUGUAGCUAGAGGUAGCGACAUACCCCAAACAAGUAAGACCAAAGAAAUACAGGCUGGAAUCUGCGUUUUCUCUCUAAAAUCUUAGGACUAUGUCUAACUUUACUGCAAUUAGUACGUUUGCAUAGAGUAGUUAAAUGGUUAUAUGACGUCCUGAUCCUGUAAGAUCACUGAUUAUUAUACGAUAUUUUUUUAUGAUUUAAUAAUCAAACAAAGGUGGUCAAUCAGGUCAAUCAUGUCCUCUUUUCUUGUUUAGAUCUAAAACUCACGUCGUCAAAUGGUUACUGGACCCUGAGGAGCCUUGUCAUAAAAAUGAACAACCACGAUGAGAAGAAGGAGCCAAAGAGACAAUUCCCAGAAGUCAUUGUGUCGUUUUUCAUCGGACGCAAACCUAUGUUUUUCGUGCUGUUCACUCUUGUGCCCUGUAUGAUCAUCGGCAUGCUGAUUCUCGUCAGCUUCUUCAUUCCAGCAGAAAGUGGUGAGCGUAUCGGUCUGUGUGCCACCAUUCUCUUGGCCGUUAGUGUGUACCUCGUGGUUAUAACUGAUCAGCUGCCUGAGCAGUCAGACACUCUACCGCUGAUUGGCGUAUACUAUAUUGUGAUCAUGUUUGAAAUCGGGUUGGCGCUGGCCGCUACCGUCCUCGUACUGAUGGCUCACCACGCUACAUCCAAGCCACCCAAAUUGUUGACAUACUUAACAGGUAAAUAUCCUCUUUGAAAGGAAAUAUUUGAAAUGACCCAUAUUUUGAAAAUAAUUAUAGUCUUUGCUUUAAUAUCAAUUAAACCUAUAUUUAUUGAGGGUGGAUUGAUGAUAACUUUUGGUAUUGUCACUGGGGAAGGGGGGUUAGUCCCAAAAGAAAGGGACGGGUAACUCUGUGUGUAAAGUGCAGAUUUUGGUUUGCCCACACAUUUAUAGCUAAAGGUUUUGAACAAAUAACCAUGUGGCGACAUCAAACUGUGUUAAAGGCAGCCGGUCGAAUGUCAAUAUCCUUGACGCAUUAAAAUCACUAUAGGUCCUAUUUGGUUGACUGUUCUGGUACCAAACUUUACCAAAAAGUGAUGUAAAGUGCGAAAAAAGAAAAGAAAUGCUUGCCGUUUGCCGUAAACGUGACUCUAAAUCUCUCCAAUCGUUAAAAGUCAGAUGCAUACUUAUAACCUGAAAUAAGGCAUCUAACUGUAUUUUUUUCUUUAGUAUUGAACGGAAUUGUCUGCUCUCCCAAAAGUUGCCGAAGGUUUAUAUCAAAGAAAAGAUCCAAGGAUACUCCACCAACCUCAUCACCUGCGUCUGCAAAGACUGUAGUCGACCCUGAAAUGGAAUCAGAUAUUGACCUGGAGUUAGCAGUCACACUAAAGGAGAACAAUGAUGAAAAACAAGACGAACGGAGUUCAGAUGCAGGUCCAAUCAGCUCGGCCAAUGAAGUCGACGAAGACGAGGAAAAUCAAGAAAUGUGGAAACAGAUUGGUCGCGCAUUAGAUCGCCUUUUCUUCUCGGUGUUUUUGGUUCUGUUUACGCUGUCCACGCUUAUAAUUUACGGACAAGCGGGUCGUCUCGAUUCAUUGGAUACUUUUAAGUUCUAA